AUGGCAUCUUCAGCAUCUUCUGCUUCGCAUGUCAAUAAUAAUACUGGUGGGGGUGCCAGUGUUGCUGUGGCCAAUGCAAUUGCUGCAGCCAAUAAACUGGAGGUUUUAAUUGAAUCCUUUGUAUCAAAGCUAAGAAGGAAACAAGUCAGUGGGUCAUACAACACGGCUAUUGCAACUUGCAAAUUCUUAAUGAGAGUAACUUCGAUCUCUAGAUGGGGUACGGCGGCUGAAUUUAUUACGCUAAUCCAUGGGAUUGGUAAAAGAAUAAAUGAUUCUCAACCACGUGAAUUUGCUGUUAGUAAUAUAGUUAGAAGGGUUUUGGCAAUUGUACGCGAUGAGGUCAAUGUCAAGGAAGACGGAAAUCCUUCUGCCCCAGUGAACACCUCUAUGUUCCAGCUUCUAGUUACCAAUAAGAAUGAUAAGGAUGUCGAAAAAAACGGUGGUGGAAAAGUCAAUGAAAAAUCAGACUUAAGAUCAGUCAUAAUUCAAGGUAUACGAGAUUUAAUGGACGAAAUCCAAGCUGUUCAUGAGAAUAUUGCAGAAAUGACACUUGAUCUAAUUCAUGAUAACGAAAUUCUACUGACACCAACACCGGGUUCGUCGACGGUUUUAAAUUUUCUUUUGAAGGCAAGCACAAAGAGAAAGUUCACAGUUCUUGUUGCCGAAGCAUACCCUAAUGAUAUCGAAGUGUGUCAUGGAUUUGCCAAGAAGUUGGCGCAAGCAGGUAUCGAGACUGUUAUAAUUCCUGACUCAACAGUUUUCGCAGUCAUGUCAAGAGUCGGCAAAGUUUUAGUUGGUACUAGAAAUGUCUUUGUUAAUGGAGGUUGCGUUACUGCAGCCGGUGUUGCAACAGUUUGUGAGUGUGCAAAGGAGCACAGGACGCCUGUCUUUGCUGUUGCUGGGUUAUACAAGUUUUCACCAUGUUAUCCAUUUGAUAGAAAUUCGUUGAUUGAGGUUGGUAAUUCAGGUAAAGUUUUAUCAUACGAUGACAGCGACUUAGUUGGUAAAUGCGAAGUUACAAACCCAUUAUACGAUUAUGUUAUUCCUGAUAACAUUGAUAUCUAUAUUACAAAUAUCGGUGGGUUUUCGCCAAACUUCAUUUAUCGUAUUAUAUUGGACAACUACAGUCAGGAAGAUACAGAGCUAUAA